AUGUUGAGUGACAAAAUUCAGUUCCCUUCUUUCUUCCGGAUGGUUCCAAAUGAAACCCCUCAGUUUGAUGGGAUUGUUCAGCUAUUGGAAUAUUUUGGAUGGCGUUGGAUUGGCCUCCUCAUCCCAGAUGAUGACAGUGGAGAAACAUUUCUUCGAACACUGAGACCGAGGCUCAUUGAGAGGAAUAUUUGCAUUUCUUUUACACAAUCCAUUCCAAUAGUGAAAAGUUACAUUAUAAACAAGUCUCUUAAAUUAAUUUUACAUAGCAUAGCUUCUAUUCUCUGGUUGAAGAACCUUAAUGUGAUCCUUGUGUAUGGGGACCGACAGUCUAUGAAUGGUCUACAAAUAAUUCUAGAAAGUUAUGAAUUUCAGAUGGUUCCAAUUGAGAGAGUUUGGAUUAUAACAGCUCAGGGGGAUGUCACAAUGACAUUACCUUGGGAAAGAUUCACUUCAAAAUCCCUUAAUGGCACUUUGUCCUUUGCCCUCCACACAAAUGUGGUGCCAGGAUUUCAGGAAUAUCUUGAGACCAUAAAUCAUUUCAAAAUGACAUUUUUUUCCAUCCAUGAGUUCUGGCACAGUGUGUUUCUCUGUUCACUCCCACAAUACAACCUAUAUGCGCUAAACAAGGAAAACUGCACUGGGCAGGAGAAGCUGGAGAGCCUACCUGGAACUGUGUUUGAAACAGGAAUGACUGGCCAGAGCUACGGCAUCUACAAUGCGGUCUAUGCUGUAGCACAUGCCCUCCAUGCCCUGCAUGCCCUGCAUUUAUUAGAAUCUAAACCAAAAGCAAUGGGGAAUGGAGUCAACUGGAAUUUUUUCAAAGUUCAGCCAUGGCAACUUCACUCAUUUCUGAGAAACAUCCACUUCAACAACAGUGCCGGAGAAGAAAUAUUUUUUGAUGAUAAAGGAGACCUGAGAGGUGGAUAUGAUAUCAUCAAUAUGGUAACAUUCCCCAAUCAAUCCUUCCAGAAAGUCCGAGUUGGAAGGAUUGAUCCCCAGGCUACUGCAGGGAAAGAAUUUGUUGUUAAUGGAAGUGCCAUUGUGUGGAAUCACAAAUUUAAACAGGAGCUGCCUCGUUCCACAUGUGUUGAGAGCUGCCACCCGGGAUAUAACAUGAUUGCUGUGCUGGGGAAUCAAGUGUGUUGCUAUGACUGUGCUCCUUGUCCUGAAGGGAGGAUUUCAAACCAAAUGGAUGCAAAGCAUUGCAACAAGUGUCCUGAGGAUCAUCAUCCAAACAAGAAACAGGAUCAGUGCAUCCUCAAGCACAUAAGCUAUCUGUCUUAUGGAGAGCCUUUGGGAAUACUUCCAGCUUCAUUUGCUCUUUUCCUUUCUCUGAUCACCCUUGCAGUAAUGCAGAUCUUCAUUCAAUGUCAGAAUACUCCCAUUGUCAAAGCCAACAACUGGAACAUCACAUGCACCCUCCUCAUUUCCCUUUUGCUUUGGUUUUUAUGUUCCUUCUUUUUCAUUGGACAGCCUGGGAAGGUGACCUGCCUUCUCCGUCAAGCAGUGUUUGGCAUCAUCUUCUCCCUUGCUGUUUCUUGUGUAUUGGCUAAAACCAUCACUGUGGUUCUGGCCUUCAUGGCCACCAAGCCAGGAAACAGGAUGAGGAAAUUGGUAGGGAAGAGGCUGGCAGUCUCAGUCAUCAUCCUCUGUACCCUUAUUCAAACUGGCAUCUGUGCAGUGUGGCUGGCAACCUCUCCUCCCUUCCUAGAGUUUGACAUGCAUUCCCAGAUCGAUCAGAUUAUUGUGCAAAGCAAUGAAAGCUCAGUCUCAAUGUUUUAUACUGUCCUGGGCUACAUGGGACUUCUGGCCAUCAUCAGUUUCAUUGUGGCUUUCAUUGCCAGGAAGUUGCCUGAUACUUUUAAUGAAGCGAAGCUCAUCACCUUUAGCAUGUUGGUGUUUUGCAGUGUUUGGUUGUCCUUUAUCCCAACUUACCUGAGUGUGAAGGGGAAAUACAUGGUGGCCGUGGAGAUCUUCUCCAUCUUGGCCUCUAGUGCUGGAUUACUGGGUUGCAUCUUUCUCCCCAAAUUCUACAUUAUUGUACUGAGGCCUGAUCUGUACACCAGAGAUCAACUAGUAAGGAAAAAGAAUUGA